UGAGCCAUUUAAUACACUUAAUUCCAACACUCUAUGUGAAUUUGGCGUAAAUGAUUGCUCUCCCAAAAACUUAAAUGUUGCCUUUUAAAACAUACUCCGUAUUUUGGUGCCAAAAGGAUGGAAGGAAAGAGAACGAUUGAUUUGAACGAGUGAGUGAAAAUGGAGGCUUGGGUUCCCCUCUUCAAGAUUUUCUUGAACUCUGCAACUCCAGAAUCCGACGCCUCUCUGUGGCUGCAACAAUCUUUCAACGCCGCCUCUCCCUCCAUAUCAACAGCUUCCUUCAUUUCACUUCUCACCAGCCCAAUCGACAACCCUUCUUCUCCCUCGUCUUCCCCGUCCAUUCACACCAAAAGGGUCAUGUGGAUUCGGACGCUGCCCAAUGCCGUUCAAGCUCGCGUACUGUCAUUUCUUUUAUGCGAGAGCAGGAAAUUCAGCAAAAGGGAGUUGUGUGAUCUUGCAGAGAAGAUUCUGAGGGAGGGGAAGGGGCUUGAUUUUUGGGUGAAGAAGGCUGCACACCAGCUGUUCGAUGUUAUGUCUGACUCAAAUUGUGAGCUGGGUUCUUCCGGAGAGGGAAAAGUGGAGGAUGAAUUUGGGUCUCUGCCCGUCUGGCUCGAAGAUGCUGUGGGCAAGAACGGUUCAGUGCUCCCGUGGCUGCCUAUGUCGCGGAGCGAACUCGUUUCCAGAAUGCAGUUCAGCAGUUGUGGCGAAAAUGAGGACUUUUCUGUCAGAAUAGAGGAAGACGAAGGAGAUGAUGAUUCAGAUGAAACAAUGUUAGAAGAAGGUGUGGGUUCUUCUGAGGAUGACGGCUCUUUAGAUCCCGGAGCAGAAAAAAUGGCAUCUGACCUGAAACAGAAGAUACUGAGCAUUGAAUCUAGAUAUCAAACAGUGGAAGUAGUCCAAGAAAUCCAACAGCUUUCCAAAGGAAAGAACACAUUGUCUGUAUUGAGUUUGAUUGAACCGUGGAAGGCAGAUGAUGAGACGGUUUCCUUUCUAAUUUCUCAAAUGGCAAAUAACGAGACGGAUGAUCAUCAGCUUGGUUGGCGAAGCCACAUUCUCUGCUCAUUUGUUCUUCCCAAACUCUUAAAUCUCCAAACACCCGCGUCUCGGGUGCUAAUGACAGCAGUUGUGGAAUACUGCAAGGUUUAUGCCAAAGCAGCCGAGCACGCUCUACUGCUUCCACUGGCACUCAAAAAUGGAGGCAUAAACAAUCCCAUCUGUGAUGUCAUCACAAGGAUUGUCAAAGAAUCCUUGCACCCUGGCCAUGUUUCUGCCAUCUGUCAGCGGCUUCUGUGGGGCCCGGAAGACGACAACGACACUAAGAUAAUCUGCCUUCCCUGUCACAGGUCUUUGAUUGGGACUGAAUUGGUGUGGACAGAUUCACUGUUUGUUCUGAUGCAAAACGUUCUGAACCACGAUGGCAUCCGUUUAACCCAAGACUCCGUUGAUCGGCUUGUUCAUUCGGCUUGCAAGUCUGCACAAAGCUUUUCUCAGUCUUUGAAGUUCUGCAACUUCUUGUUGUGCUUUGUCAACAAAUGUGCCCCUCUGUUGAAGACCCAUAAAAUGGCAUUGGCUGAUGCUGUUGGCCAUACCAACACACUUGCGACCAAAUCUGUGCUAUCAAAGUUGUCUGGCCUGUGAGUGCUGACACCUUAUAUUUCUAGUUAAGUGAUAUAACCAUGAGAGUGGAUAUUGUUAUAGGUUGGUUAGUUAGUUCCAUCUUAGAUCAUGACACUAGAAGAAGCCCAUCCAUCAUGAGAGUGUGAUUAAUGCACUGUCAAAUUUGGCACAGAAAGAUCAUUGAUGCAACGUUUUUAAAAGUUCAGGGAUCAUAUGUGCAAUUUUCAAAAUUCAGGAGGAAUCCACACAAUUUUUGAAAAGUUCGAGUAAAUGGCACAAAAAAUU